CCACAAAACAAGUGUGUAGAUAGAGGAUUUUUUUAAGAACUUGCAGCUACACAAGUGUGUCUCAUGUGGGAGCUGCUCUGUCCCUCCGCCUGCUCUCCCUUCAUCUCUGCCUUCUUCAUCACUGAGGGGAACGUGUGCCCUCACUGUGUGUCCCCCAGGCAGCCCCACAUCCAGCUGGGACCUUCCUAACACCCUGGACCUGGCACUUCAGUACUUUGUGUGCCAUGGGUGCCAGGAGGGCUGAGCUCCAUGCUGGCACCCCUGGUUCCCAGCACCCCUAAGUCCCCCUUUCCAAAUGGCCCUGGCCCCGCUGCAGCAGCCCCUGCAGCCAGUGUACGGUGCCAGCUCAGCGGCACUGUGGACAUGUUGGGUCAAGCAGGUUGGAGCCAGGAGCGGCGUCACCAUGCAGUGCCAGCCCUGCCCUGUGCACAGAGAUGGGGCCCCUCUCCCUGCUGGGCUGUGUGCAGGGGGUGGUUGUGCUGAAACCUCCCAGAGGAUGACCCUUAGAUGGCUGCUGGGGCACAGGUUUGCGAUGUUGUCAGCCCGGUGGAUGCUGGAGCGGCUGAAGGUGGAGAUCCCGGAGGCAACACAGCGUCCAGCACAGGUCCCAGCAGGUCCGAGCUGUUGGGUUGCAGCCCCACCACACCGCUGUGCCGGGGGACAUGCUGGCAGGGCAGCAGGGGCACCACGCCACGUGCCGGCCAUUGGCAACCCAGGACCGAGGGUGACGGGCCAACCUGGGGCAAAUCACCGUGUCACCCCCAGGGCUGUGGCUGCAGCUCUCCCCAUCACAUCACACCAGUGCUUCAACGCGUCCCGCUGGGUGCAGCCGGCUGGUGGGUGCCAUCACUGUCCCCACGCACCCAGGACAUGCCACCGCCAUGGGGACAUCUCUGCCACCAGCACCCUGUGCUGCACAGCACAGCGGGAUGCUCUCAUUCAGCCCCCGGCCGGGGCUCAGUUGUGUUGUGUUUCUGUUCUUGCUAUGCUACUGGGCAGGAACAUGACGGUGGCUUUGUCUGGCCCGCGCGGUGUGUGUGUGUCACUGUUGCAGCCGCCGGUUUGUGCUGGGCUGGGGAGGGCACCCUCCGCCGGCAGAGGCUGUGUUGUUUUAGGAGAUGUUCGGUAUUGUCUAUGUUGUCCUCCACGUGAACAUGACAUUGAUUCAUUCAGAGGCCCGGCAUUGUCUUUAUGGGGACAUGCGGAGGGGCACAGGGUGGGGAUGGCGUGGGCAAUGGGGGGACCCAACGCUGCUGGAGGGAGGUUGUGCCCCAUUGCUCUGGCCCACGUGUGCCAUCCACGCCCCCACCCUCCCACCAUUUAUCACAGCAAAGCGGCUCUGAUAUCAAAGAAACGUUUAAUAAGCUGCAAUAAAAUACGGACCUUUAGAAAGCUCAUCAUCAGGUGAAUAUCAACA